AAUGGCUGGCGUUCCAAUCACGCCAGAUGCAGAAACAUCGCUGGAUGGCUUUAAACUUUGGCCAAAACGCCAGUUGCAGCCUUUUUUGCGAGCGAGGGGACUUCCGGUGACGGGUAGCGUCCAUGAACUCAGGGCCCUAGCUUUUUCAGCCACAGUAAUGCGCCAUCCGUUGGUUCCGACUCCCGAGGAAGAACAACAAAAGAGAUGCGAAGACUACAGAUCACUUUUGACUGUGGAUGGCAGACAACUCCCCGACCCCUUUGUUGACCUGAAAAGUGGCUGGAAGAAAGAGGAAGAAGGGAUGCAGCACUGGCCACCAACUAUGUAUGGGGACAUGGCAGAGUACCUUGUGGCUAAUGGAGAGGUACAGCUGCAGAAGAGGCUAAUGGGGGAUUACAAGGAUGGCAAAGCCUUUUCGUACUUUGAUUCUGGCUUCAUCAAUGAAGUUUUGUAU